CCAGCAAAUGACACCAGCUAAAGCUACACAUGCUGUUGAACACAAAAAAAUUUCUGAAAUCAAAGAUCUUAACCCCUUCAAAUACAAGAAAAUAGACUUCUUAGUUACUGUGACAAUAAGAAAGAUUGACAGCUCCUGGUGGUACAACUCUUGCUACAAAUGUGCGAGAACUGCUAAACCCUAUGGUGAGUUAUACAAGUGCACCGACAGCACCUGCAAUUAUAUUGGCAAACCAGUCCAGAGGUAUAAGCUUAGCAUUAUUGCUGGAGAUGAGACGGGUGACACAAAUUUUAUCAUGUUUGGAAGGUGGGUUCAACGCUUGACAAAGAAAGCUGCUGAUACACUUAUCGCUGAGAAUCCACAGGGUUUCAUUCCAAAUGAGAUCACAAGGCUCUUAGAAAAAGUGUUCAAAUUCAAUGUCAGCUUCACAGAAAACACAACAAGCUCCGAUAAAGUUUGCUUCUAGGUCAAUGCAGUAGUUGCAGAAGUAAAUGACACAAAUAUUCUCCCAACAACAGGGUCUCAGUCAUCAUCACUUCUGAUAUCUCAAAGUGCUGGCAGCAGUAUGCAGCGCACCCCACAGAAAAGCGCUGCCUUCACUUUAACCUCACAAUCUUCAGGCACCACACCAACAAAAACUAUCAACAUCCCUGAGUCACAACUUACACCACAG